UUAUUUUAAUUCUUUUAUUGAGUCAUUCCUUCAUUUGCACUAUUAUUUCUUCUCACUUCUAUGCAAACACACAUUCUAGUGAUGUUUCAAGUUUGCUUCUGAAUCUGUUUCUUCAUCAUCAUUUGAUUUCUGUCUCAACUUUUAAGCCCUGUUUCUGUUCCGUUACAAUGCUAUAAAUGCUGCAUUCAAUGACCAUUUAUGACCAAGUAGAAGAAAACUUUCUUCUUUGUUUCUUUUAGCCUUUUUUUUGUAAAGGGAACCUUUUUACCAACUUCCAUAGCCUUGGAAAGUCUUAGUCUUUUUUCUUCUCAACAGGAAUAUACUUUUCCUGUACUUGCUUCUCCAAUUUAUUAGAGAUUCUGGGGAAGUGCCACUUUUGGUUGUCACUGUCUUACUCAAACUACAUUUGGUAAUGUUGAAAAGAGGCAACAGUUUUGGAGCCAUGAGGAUGCUAUGCUGGGGGUUUGGGUUUAUAGGGUUCAUGUUUGUGAAAUUGGUACAAGGAUUUGAGAAUGGUAAUGUCACAGAUAUGCUGUAUUUCAAUAAUAACAGACCUUUGAUGGUUGGUCUUACUCUUAUUUAUGGUGCUGCCGCCAAAGGAGCUGUAUGUCUUGAUGGAUCUUUACCAGGUUACCACUUCCACCGCGGAUAUGGCGCCGGAUCAAACAGUUGGCUCAUACAAUUGGAGGGAGGAGGCUGGUGUGGAAAUGUCAGAAAUUGCAUUUAUAGUAAGAAGACGCGGCAUGGUUCGUCGGCGUUUAUGGAAAAACAGAUACCAUUUGUUGGGAUAUUAAGCAACAAAGCUUGGGAAAACCCAGAUUUCUACAAUUGGAAUAGAAUAAAAAUUCGUUAUUGUGAUGGUGCAUCGUUUACUGGAGACAGUCAAAAUGAGCGAGCAGGGUUGUUUUUCAGAGGGCAACGCAUCUGGCUCGCUGCUAUGGAAGAUCUAAUGUCGAAAGGAAUGCGCUAUGCUAAGCAGGCUCUUCUAUCUGGAUGUUCUGCAGGAGGUUUGGCAACUAUUCUACAUUGUGAUGAAUUCAAGGAAAUGUUUCCAAGAACCACAAGAGUAAAGUGCUUAAGUGAUGCUGGAUUGUUCCUUGACGCUGUUGAUGUAUCCGGCCAUCGCAGUUUGAGGAAUUUGUUUGGAGGUGUGGUUGCCUUACAGGGAGCACAAAGAAACCUUCCAAGGACUUGUACCAGUCGCCUCAAUCCAAUUUUGUGCUUUUUCCCUCAGCACUCAAUUGCCAGUGUUAAGGCACCACUGUUUCUUCUCAAUGCAGCUUAUGAUACUUGGCAGAUUCAAGCAAGUCUAGCUCCACCAUCUGCUGACUAUCACUGGAAUUGGUAUGAUUGCAGAAAAAAUUACGCGCGUUGCAGCGCGCCUCAAAUGCAAUAUCUGCAAGGUUUUCGGAAUCAGAUGCUAAGAGCUGUAAGAAGAUUCUCGAAGUUGCGUAAAAACGGGUUAUUCAUAAAUUCUUGUUUUGCUCAUUGCCAGUCCGAAAGACAGGAUACAUGGUUUGCUCGCGACUCUCCCCAUAUUGGAAAUCGAGGGAUAGCACAGUCUGUUGGAAACUGGUAUUUCGAUCGAGUUCAAGUUCAGGCCAUUGGUUGUCCUUACCCUUGUGACAAAACCUGCCAUAAUUUGGUUUUCAAUUGAUAGAUUCAUUGCCAAGGAUAUCAUUCUUUCAAUAAUAUUCUUGUGCUGUGCAAAUUUUUCCUAAGUGCCAAGAAAUGAAGAAAAGAUAGCUCUAUAUAUAGAAAAAAAUAAGCUUAUUGCUUUGAAAAUUACAUUAUUCAUUCAUGUAAACCAUUGACGGUUUUAUUCAAUUUUCAUUGAGGUUCCUGUCUGUGGAACUUCCACCAUAGCAGACUUGUGUUCAAGUUGAGAA